GUUUCGGCUGGGAAACAUGCGGACGACUUCGUCGGGGGCACAAUGCUGUUUUCCUCGAAGAGGGCGAAGAAGGUGUUUAGCUCGCUCGGCGCGAGGCGCUGGCUUUCCCGUUGUAAAUCCGUAUGGAGUCCCUGCCUCAGCCUACGCCUUGUAUCUGAGCCUUUGAAUUGCGACUCCACCUUGUCCCUGUAAUGUCGUUUUUCCUCUUUGAUUGCUGGAGGUCGCAACUGGUCUGUUUGUAGGCUACACAUCCAUUUCCCAGUCUCCUUGCAAUGAUUAAAUGCAGUGGCUUUCAGUUUUGCACGAAUGCUGCCAUCUAUCCAGGUCAUACAUAAAGUCGCUUGAAAUGUGCCUUUCGUCUAAUUAGGCAAGGAGUUCAAUGAUGGCUUUGUUUUGCAAUUCAAACUACUCGGCGCACGAAGCACUGAUGUAGGCUUUAACAGAGGGUCUGAACUCCCGGUGUUCCUGACAAGUAAAUAAAGCGCAACUCUCCUAAAAUGGAUUUGCUACCGAGAGCAGGGAGAGCCUGCAUUUGCGUGCGCAUUAGUUGUGACGUCGGGCAAACGAAUCACAAGACUGGAGGACCAGUAUUGAGCUGUGUUUCGGGUGUAUUUGUGUGUGACUGUGGAAACAUGUCGGCAAGGAUGGUGCACACCGGAGGACCCGUGUCAAUGAAAUCCACCAAAACUUAAAGAACCAGUGCAAAUUGUGCAAUUUCACCCUAUAAAGAAUUGGACAAACGCCGGCGACCAGUUUUACGAUUGUGUUAUCGGUCUACUGACUCGUGCGUUUUAUUCAGUGGCAGAAUUAUCCAAAACGAAUGUUGGAAGAAUAGUCUCCAAAAGUAGACACGGGACGUCGAAAGUGGAGAGAAGGUCUCGGCAGGUAGAGACGGCCGCUCGCUCUUGGAAUGUUAUCCGUACUCUCCUAUGGCAGACUGGUUGCGAGGGCUGUCCUUGGCGGACUCUCUCAAACUGAUGGUCGGGACUACAGUCUGGUCACCGCUAGCUGCGGAUUUGGGAAAGACUUUCGUAAGGGGAUCUUGAAGAAAGGGAUGUGUUACGGGGAUGACGCUUGUUUCAUUGCCCGGCAUAGGUCCGCUGACGUCUUGGGUGUGGCGGAUGGUGUAGGUGGAUGGAGGGACUACGGGGUGGACCCGUCCCAGUUCUCUGCCACCCUGAUGAGGACAUGUGAGCGACUGGUGAAGGAGGGCCGCUUCACCCCCAGCAGCCCUGUGGGCAUCCUCACCUCUGGCUACUAUGAGCUCCUACAAAACAAAGUACCCUUGCUUGGUAGCAGCACAGCAUGUAUUGUGGUCCUGGACCGAAGGAGCCACCAACUGCACACGUGUAAUCUAGGGGACUCUGGUUUCCUGGUGGUGCGAGGGGGAGAGGUGGUGCAUCGCUCCGAUGAACAGCAGCACUACUUCAACACCCCUUUCCAGCUGUCCAUCGCUCCCCCAGGGGCAGAGGGAGUGGUACUCAGUGACCGCCCUGAGGCCGCUGAUAGCGCCUCCUUCGAUGUCCAGCUGGGUGACAUCAUCCUGACCGCCUCGGAUGGCCUCUUCGACAACAUGCCCGACUACAUGAUCCUGCAAGAGCUCAAAAAGCUCAAGAGCGCCAACUAUGACAGCAUCCAGCAGACGGCACAGAGCAUUGCAAAGCAAGCACACGAACUGGCCUAUGACCCCAACUACAUGUCUCCUUUCGCUCAGUUUGCCUGUGACAAUGGCCUGAAUGUAAGAGGGGGGAAGCCUGAUGACAUCACGGUGCUGCUGUCCAUUGUGGCAGAAUACACAGACUAAGUGUGUGUGAUGCUUAUUGGAACCGUUUACUUCCCACCAUUCAAGUCUUCCACCUGCCUCCUUCUCAAGUGCACUGGUUCCUGUCGGACGGACUGCAGCCCCCCCCCCCCCCCCCCCCAUAUAUCCCCUCACUGACCUUCCUAUCUCACCGCCACAACAUGGAACACAAACUCCUCACCACAGAAUGUAGCUCGAUCUGUAUUCUUCCAUUUUGUUUUGGUACUGUAUUAGUGAGAGGAGGCAGGCAGCUAAGACUUUCUCGUGUUAAUUGUGAUGCACACGGUGUAGAACAGCACACUGCUUUCUUCCCCUUCUCCCAUAUCUUAUUUCAAAACAUCACUUAAUUGGGACAGACCGAAGUGCAGUCCUGAAUGCAAGGGGGGGGGUUGCUUUUGCGGGGAGGGACCCGAUACGGGGAUAGAGUUGGGCUUGGUCACCCUGAAACAAGCAGUGGUAUUCUAAGUAAAGUAAGCCAUGGUUUGUGGUUGUUAGGGAGAUUUGAAUGUCUGUGUUGUAAAUCUGUGUUGUAAAUGUCGUAGCUGCGUGAUGAUCUGUUCCAAGGCUUCUAUGUGUGUGGCUGGAUACUAAGACUGGGGAAUUGAGCAACUGUGUUGUUGUGGGUUUUAGAGAGGGUUGUGACUUGUAAUAAGAAAGGAUGUAGAUACAGUACGAGUUUGGUGAUGUUGUCUUAGACUUGUAUGAAGGGGUAGCUGGCCAGUACCAUUUACUAGCGCCUCUAGCAGGGAUUUCUCCAGAGUGUCACCUAUAGGCUAGUCUGAAAUGUCACCACAUUGAGGUUACUGAAAAGUUCUGUCAGUGCACACAGCCGCAUGGAUUUGUAAAUAUUGUUUGUUGUGAAACAAGGCAGUGUGUCUUCACUUUGACGCUGAUAAUGAUGCAAAGGAUGAUCAUUUUGCUUUGUGACAGAUGUGUACGAACGAGCAUUCACAAUCUAUAAAGGUAAAUAUUCUCAAUCCCUCUCUUCCGUGGGCCGAAAGAACCACGACAUUGACAUGGACCCGUUUGACCCGGUAAUAGUGUCAGAACUAUGACAGCAUGUCUGCGUGGCACGUCUUUGUCGACGUGUGUGCGUGCGUGUGCACUAAGUGGGUGUAGGUUCUUGUUUGAAUGUCUUUGCUGUUGAUACGUGUUAACUUGCGAAGCUAAUGCUAGCAUCUGGGAAUGCUUUCAACCGUACCAAUAGGGCAGGUAUGAAUUAUAUAUAUAUAUAUAUAUAAAAAAACAAAGAUUUAUUUUUAUAACUUUAAUGUUAUUAGUUUGAGAGCCAUGAUGUGACGGUUGAAAUGUGUCAUCCAACAUAUGGAUUCACCGUGUGAUUCUUUUGUGACGCCUUAUAUAGGUCCAUGGAUGGCAAAUACGAAUCAUACCAUCUUACUACUCAGUAGGAAUCAUACCAUCUUACUACUCAGUAGGAAUCAUACCAUCUUACUACUCAGUAGGAAUCAUAUGUGGUCUGUGUGGUGGGUGUGUCAUCUCUAAAAAAAUAUUUUUUCUAGAUUUGUUCUGUCUCCCAAUAAUGAUUUACUUGCUGCUUUUAUUUUGUCAGUUCAAUGUGUUUGACUGUACAUUAUUUACGUGAAUGGUGUGUGCGCCAUUUAGUUAUUUUUGAUCAUCCUGUACUGGUCUUGGCACGCUGUUGGUUUUUCUGCAUAAUAGCAGAAUACACACACACCUCUCUUCAUUGUUAGCCAGUGUUUGUUCUGUUAUGAUUAUGAAGCCAGUGCACCAAAGAGGAGUAUUCACUAUCUUUGCCCCAUUGAUUUCAUCUGGGUUUGGAGUAAAACAUGCACCAAUACUGUAACAUAAAAUGUCUCUGUAUUUUCACAUUGAGAGCAUAUCUGUCAAUCCGUUUGACAUGUAAUCUGUCAUUUUGCUUGUGGGGAAUGAUGCCCAGUUGUAUUUUCGGUGCAAAACAGUCAGAAGACUACUAAGGUGUCUUUUUAUUUGUGCCUAAAAUGCAAUGUGACCAGAACAGGGGCUUGGUUGUAUUGGCAUCUCUAGUUCUAUGUGACAGGUAGUCCGUGAGCAACCAACUACAAUGCAGUCUUUUGAAUCCUUAAAGAAACCAAAGAAGGAGAGCCAAACUUCACAAGCAUGACCAGGGUACAUUUUUUUUUCUCAUCUAAAACCUACAGUCAGGCUAACAUGGCGUAAUGGAGACCAAUUAAGUUGUCACUAUUUAUCAUCUUGCGUAGUUUUGCAUAAAAAUAAUUUGAAAGAACAUCAAGCAACCAUACAGGCAAGAUCAAUGGGUACAAUUAAAUGUAUGUUUGUGUACUAAAUACUAUUUCAAUUUGGUUUUAAGUUAAUUCUCUGUAGUCUUUGACUUCAUUUCAUGAAUAUCGUCUGUCCUAUGCAUUCUGUAUUUGCAUGACAAGCUGUCUUUGUCCCAGCUAUUUGAACUACUGGAAUUUGCUUACCUGCAAAGGUGCCACUGUCGCUCACAGCUUGCCUCUCCUCCAAAUGUCUGAUCAACUCCCCUUAAUUUAAAGGUUGUCCUUCAAACACUUAAAACAUGCACUGACGUUCAUUGGUCAUUCUCAUAUUUCCAGUUUGCUCUUUCCGCCAGUCUGUGGGGGUGCACUGUGUUAAUGAAUAAUUACCUGAUCUGAUUUUGAGACAGUCAAUGUCUAUGGUUUAAGGAGACACUGUGUUGAAGCAGGAAGGGCGAUGCAGGUUGAAGUGCUUUUAUUGAUAAUGGUGAGCACCGAUUCCGCCUUAACAAAUAGAUGUAUCUUGUAUGUUGCUCAAUGUCAAUUAAGUCCCUCUAAUUCUGUCCACGCUCUUGACAGUUUUUCAAUGGUGCUUCUGCUGUCAAGACGAGGUCUGUGUAUUUUUCUCUAAGCAAUGUUUGUGAGUAUGAAAGCUACAUGUGUGUGCGCAGUGUAAUAAUGCAGGACUAGAUUCCGUAAAUGUGUUUUCAAAGUUGCAAAAUAUUUAAAUAAAGAAUAUAGUAUUUAUACUAAGA